CCCAGCUGUAGAAUUGUUGCGAUCCAAUCGAACGAAUGCAAACGUUUAGAAAUUUUCUCGUUGUUUGUUUCAAAUCCAUUAAUUGUAUCAAAUGUUGUAAUCCUUUACAAUUCCUAUCAUGAACUCAGCUAAAAUAAAAGAAUCCUAAUAAAGGAAUUUCUGUUAUUGUAGAAUGAGUCAAGAAUCCGCCCACGGACAAGGAAACAAUGAACACGUCAGUGUUCAUACUGAAGCAUCUAGUUUUACCCCUCCCGUCCAAAAUGAAUCCGUCAAUCAACAAAAUGUUGGGAAUAACCCAAACGCUGGUGGUCAACCCGACCUUGUGAUUCCAGUUUUUCUAGCUAAUGUGUUGCAACAAAUAGCCAACGCGCCAAUGUUUCAACCACCUCCACCACGACCACCUCGAGUGAUAACCCACAAAACGCUAAGAGAUAACGGUGCAGAAUUAUUCCUUGGGGAUCGCAUCGGUGAACCCCAGAUUGCGUGGGACUGGAUCGAGCAGACUGCCCGCGUGUUGGAAGAUCUCAAUGUACCCAUGGACAAUUAUCCCAGACUGGCUUCUCAAUUGCUUCGAAAGGAAGCCUACGAGUGGUGGAAAAGGACGGAUGAGAGUGCGGGAACCCCUAAGCCGUGGACAUGGGCACAUUUCGAAUGGGCAUUCAAACAAGAAUAUAUUCUGAAACGAUUUAGCGAGGAAAGAUGUAAAGAAUUUGUUGAACUGGAACAGAGAGACAUGACACUCCCUGAAUAUUGUCAGAAGUUUACCAAACUCGCAAAGUUUGCACCAACCUUAGUAAAUACCCCAACCGAUCGCAUUGAGGAGUUAAGGAAGAAACUUCGACCUGACCUCAGGUCACGUGUAUCCAUUCUAACCACUGUGGAUUUCACGGAGGCCUACGAUCUCAUUGCCAGGGCAGACAGCGACUUGAGUGCUUGCAUUGAGUAUCUGAAGACAAACAAUGUCAGCUCAAGCACUCACCGUCCCACCGGCUCUACCUGAAAAGGGAGAAGGCCCUUUCAAGAACCUAGCAAUUCACAUUUCUCUAAAAAGGGAAAAUCUGUACAAACUCAGUCGAUGACAUCCGUUGAAAAGUCCAAAAAGCCGAG